CCUGAACAAUAGAUUUGUGUGAGUAGAACUCAUUUCCCUGCAGGGUAUGUACAUACAUAUAUAUGUAGUCAAGUAGGUAUGUAAGCAUUUAUUGAUAUUUGGUUACACACGAUUCACUUAAGCUGAUAUUAUUAAUUUCAACGAGCAGAAAUGUUUGGUUAAACUUGUUUUAAUUAAUGAAUUGACUUUCGAAUUAACCAAAUAUUUGCGUGAAGAAAGAUGCAAGAACACCUUUUCAAACAAGAAACCGAACAUUUUUUGCAGAGAUUUAUUGUUUUAACCCCUAGUUAUUGCUCAUACCCAAACCUCUCGCAUGUGGUCGAGCUAAAUAGAUUCUCAUAUAAAAGUUGCACGAUUUCUAGCGAACAUCAACAGUCUCAGAUUUCAAGUUCAACAAUCUAGAAGCCCAGCUGAAAAUAUGAAAAUCUUCGCUAUCACCACCGUUAUUGCCUUGUUGGGCGUCAGCGCCAAUGCGCUGAGCAACACCUAUUUGCCGCCACAGGCAUCAUCUUCGAACUCGAUCAGCAGCUAUGCGGCACCCGCUUCGUAUGCUGCACCAUCCGUAUCUCAUGUCAGCUUCGCACCAGCUCCCAGCCGCCAUGUGGUACCAUCAGGUGGCGGGUUUGGCGGCUUCGGUGCUGCAUCGGCCCAACACGUUAACUACGCUGCUGCACCCUCGUUCCAUGUUGCUGCUCCACGUCCACAGGUAUACCAGGCGCCAGUACCUGCCGCUUCUCACAACGUAGCUGUGUUCGCCGCUCCUGCACCACGUCCUCAGUUAGGUUUUGCGUCGUCGGGUGGUUUUGGCAGUUUUGGUUCUGCUUCUGGUCAGCAAGCUUCUUACGCUGCUGCUCCAGCUCCACGUGUCCAAGUACAUCACGCUCCAGUUGCAGCCGCCUCAAAUGUGGCUUACUCUGCUCCAGUUCUACGUCCCCAAGUAUAUCAGGCUCCAGUUGUCGCAGCCACACGUGUAGUUCCUGCUUUCGCUCCGGCUCCAAGACCAGUCGCUGCAUACUCCGCUCCUGCUAUUAGCUUCGCCGGUGGUUUCGGUGGACAAGGUGCUGCUUCUAACAGCCACGCCAGCUAUGCUGCCCCAGUCCGCGCUGCCUCUAACGUCCGUUAUGGUUACUCAGCACCAGUUGUGGCUGCCUCGGCCCCACAAGUCGCUUAUGUUGCUCCAGCCCCAGCUCCGGUUCAAGUUGCUGCUCCUUCCAACAUUCAGCAAAUCGUUGCCGCUGGCUCCUCCAACUAUGGCACUAAAUAUGCCGCCAAUGGUGGUUAUGAAUACCGUUACAAACACAGGAACUAAACAAUUGUAUUGUCGAUUAUAUUCAGUAUUUUUUCUUUGAUGCUGACGCAAGUUUUCGUUCAGCUGACAAACGAUUGCACCACAAAUAAACUAAAUUGAUAUCAAGCAAAAUAAGAAUA